GAUAUUUUUGCAAGUAGGGCCUGUGAAGAAAGAUCGCAGGUCGCAGGACAAAUUAUAAACAAACGCAAUGGCUACAACAAACAUUGGAAAGAUUCGCCUUAAAAGUUUAACUGAUUUGCAAGCUAAAAGUGAUUUUGAAAUAGCACCAACUCCAGUCGAUAAUAGAACACCAGAGAAACCAAAAAAGGCGGGAAAUAGACGCGCAGCAACAACAACAAAGAAGAAGAACAACGAUGACAAAUUAAUGCGUAAUGAACAAAUUAUUGUAAACAGAACAGCCGUUAAACGCUCUGCAAAGAAGGAUCCAUUGCCGGGUCAACUGCGCAUUGAUGCCUUCUUUAAGAGUGGCACAAAGAACUAUAAAGUGGAGUCAGUCGCAAAGACUUCUCCCGGAAAACCAAAACAUCGUCGAACGCUGCGUAAAGGAUGCAAGCGCUUGUUUGAUGAGGAAUCGCAGACCACUGCAACAACAACAUGCUCAGAAGUUGAUUAUAAACCAAAACCCACACGAAAACGAACCCAGCCGCAACGUCAGGUUAAAUCAAAGUGCAAAUCGCCACCUGCCGAUGUAAUUGAUCUCUGUUCUGAUGAUGAGUCGGAAUCUAAGGAAGAAACCACCCGUAGCAGGCAAUGUGAGUCAAGGCCUGUGGUACUCGGUGAACUGGAGCUUCGACAGACGGAGGCUUCCCCUAUGGUGACUAUACCGCGAUCAAAUCUUACAGUCGAAUCGGUUGCGGAUGCAUCUUCUAAAGAAAAUAAGCCAAAGGGACGCACGCGGAAGCGUUGCCCGCCUUACAAGAUUGUAGAAGAUACCACAUUCGUUGUGGAUGGCUUUCAGUUUGGUGAUAUUCCGAAUGUGACCCAUUAUUUUUUAAGUCAUUACCAUGCCGAUCACUAUGUGGGCCUAACCCGGAAGUUCGCACAUCCUCUAUACAUGAGCCCCAUUACAGCUCGCUUGGUGCGCACUUUUAUACCCAUUGAUGAACAGUAUCUUCAUACAAUUGACGUGGACAAGUCCAUUAAAGUGAAUGACAUUGAAGUUGCUGCCAUAGAUGCCAAUCACUGUCCAGGUGCCAUUAUGUUGCUCUUUAAGUUCAGCACAGGCAAGUGCAUACUGCAUACUGGUGAUUUUCGAGCCAAUUUUGAGAUGGAGUCAAACCCCAUAUAUUGGAACAACCCCAACAUUGAUCUACUCUACCUGGACACUACAUAUCUGUCAAGGAACUAUGACUUUUGCCAUCAGAGCGAAAGCAUUGAUCUUGUUUGCUCUUUGGUCCGUGAAUUUCACGAGAAGCAUGCCGGCAAGCGCAUCUUGCACGUAUGCGGCGCCUAUUUGAUUGGAAAGGAAAAGGUGUGGCUGACAAUGGCUGAGGAGUUUGCACUCCGUAUCUGGACAGAACCGCAUCGUCGCAAGGCAAUCGACUGUCUCAAUUGGCCGGAGCUGCAAAUGAGGCUAUAUGAUAAUCCGCUGGAGGCUAAUUUGCAUGUAAUAAGCAUGGGGAAGAUUAGUUAUCCGCAUCUGGAUCAGUACUUUAAACCAUUCGAGGGACAUUUCGAUAUGCUUCUGGCCAUACGACCAAGCGGCUGGGAGAAGAACUCAAAACCUUCAUAUGGCAAGCGUAUCAGUGUAAUCGGUGUGGAAUACUCGGAGCAUUCAAGCUACAAGGAACUGGAACGCUUUGUACGUUUCCUUAAGCCGAAGAAUGUAAUCAGCACGGUUCCUGUGGGACGAGAUCUCUGUGUGACCGGUAAAGUGCCGGCCAAGUGGUAUCAAUACAAGGGCUAUGGCGGAAUGCUCAGCAAUGGAUAUCAGCCCACUAUUUCUGCAUUUUUUGAAACUCCUCGACGACAGCUGCCGUCACAAGCGGGCGAAAAUGUUGACAUGAUAUUGAGCCCAUUACAAGAAGAAGUCGUGAAUCCCAUUGGCACGAAGGGAGAUGAUGCCGUGAUUAAAGAGAACAAGUUAAAGGAUGAAUCAGCUAGUCCUGGUGAUGCUGAAGUCAAACCUAAUAACAGAAUCUUGUCCGAUGCUUCCGAUGAUUUGCUCUCAUUCAUUUAAUCAUUUUUUUUUUUGUAAUGCUUCAUUUUCAUAAUUAGUGGUUAGUGAAUAUAUUUGAGUUACAUUCCUAAUUAAAAGAAUUCUACUCUUCUACAAUUUUAGAAUAUAAAGUAUUGCCGCUAA